CCUCUUCGCUCUCUUCAAGUCACCCUUCCUCCUCAUCCACAUCCUCGUCCUCACCAUCCUCGUCCUCGUCCUCGUCCUCGUCCUCAUCCAUCACCCUCCGCCAGCCCCCCAUCUCUCAUUCCACAACAUCUCCAUCCAGCCCUGUCUCCUCAUCGCCUCUCCCUCUCCCGACAUCAUCCGCCCUCGUCCUCUGCAACGCGUCCGCACCCCGCCGCCUCCUCCAUCCAUCACCGCCCUCCACUCGACACCCUCUCAGCACAUCCCAUCGGCUGACUACCCCCACACGCCGGCGCCCGUAACCCCCGCGAUCGCCAUCUCCGUUUCCGAAAGGAUCCCCUCUUCAGGCCGCAGUGUACUCCCCCAGCCCGCGUAUCUGGGAUGGAGGACGCCCGCGCCUCCACCACUAAUGGCGACCUAAACGGCGCCGACCUCCCAGGCGACACGCCGCGCGCCGCGGCCUUCGCAGCACUGGCACCGCCAGGAGGGAGGUUGUUGCCUAACCAUGUUCCCGCGGCCGCGAACGAGUCGGCCAUAGCGUCUCUACUGCCCCCUGACAUCCAGGACGGACUGUCAGAUGGCGGGUCGAGAAGAUCGAGCAUGCAGCCGCGCGUGCCGUCGCGCCAGCUGUUGCAGACCGCGCUAGACCUCGCACAGAAGGCCGUCGAGAUGGACAAGAACAACGACGUUGCAGGCGCGUUGGCAGCGUACCGCGACGCGGUGAGCAAGCUGCGCGUCGUAAUGGAGCGCGUUGGUGUCGACCCCACAUCAGAUGGCAAGCGGGGAGGCAAGAAUGAGGAGGAAGGAAGAACGUUGAGGGGUAUUCACGACGCCUACAUGGCGCGCAUCACAUUGCUAUCGGCAUACGAAAGCCCACCCGACGGUGACGAUGGUGUUGCCGCACUGGCGUUGACAAACCUGACGCUCGACUCGAGUUUGAGCAGCGCCGCCACGACUCCUCCCAACCACCUCGCGCGCCUCAACACGAACCCGGAGGACUUGCCAAACAACAACAGCGACGCCGGGCCGAGCACCCCGCAGAGGUCGCCAGCACUGUCAUCGCUCAGUGGAAGGAGGCAGAGGAGCAAGCAAUCAAAACAUUCGUUCGGCUUGGACGAAGAAGCCGACCUUUCAGGCCUUGACGGCGCAGACGCGAGCGAGGAGACCAGCAUCAAGGACCUCGCAUCGACAGAUUCGCCGCCUCGCGCGAGCCUCGACGAGGACGACCGACCAUUACCUCCCCUCCCUCCGUCGCUAGUCAACGCCAAGGGCGCGUCGGCUAGCAACACACAGUAUCUCAUUAAUUCUACGACCGCGCAGGGAACGAUCAACCAACGAAGGAACAACGGGACACCGUCAAUGACUUCCAUCUCGGAACUGAAUGCGUCGACAAGCAACGAGAGCACACCCGACGGCACGCGGAAACGAACAAUGUCACUGCGUGGCCUCAAUGGUGACGCGGCUGGUGAAAUGUCCGUCGCUGGGCCAUUACAGGCUGCCUUCAAAUCGACGUUGGCGCCGCCCGCCCGCCUCUCAGGCACAGCACACCUCUCGCUGCGCCCCGAUCCCCAGCCGGCUGAUAUCAUCCACCGGCCAUUCCACGUCCUGCGGCUGCUCUCUGCAUCAAUGGAUGCGGCAGGGACAGGCGCGUACAUCACCUCGUCGAUCCACGUCGACCCCGGCGUCUGGCGGGCCGGCAACUUGCGCUCAGGCGGCAUGGCCAAGUCUGGAAGCGGCGCAAAGGUCGUGGGCAUUGAAGCGAAGACGCGCGUGUGCGAGGCGCUGGUAGGCCACCUGGAGGCGAUCAAGAGCGUCGGUGCCGUCUUCCUUGACGGACAGCGCGAGGAAAGACACGGCAUCGACGUGUCGUCGCGCCUGACUAAGGCCCAAAUCGACCAGAUCGCGCGCGUCGGCGAUGAGUUCGGCGGUCUCCUCGACAGCCUCGACGACGAGCUCGACUCGACAUACAAAGCGCUAUCGGGCAAGGGCGUGAUCUCGAGCGGCGCGUGGAACGGCAAGUCCAAGACGUCGUGGGGUAGCCGUAUCUCGGCGCGCGUCGACAAGAUGUCGCGCGGCAACGACAGCGGCGAGCGUUACGUCGACAUUCUCGGGCAGCUCUUCUACGCCUCCCAGGUCAUCGACGACCACCUCCGCUGCUUCACCGGGCCCUGUACGGCUGCGUACCACGCACUCCCGCACAAGACGUACAAGCAGAUCGAGACGCGCGUCACGCGCGCCGCCCAGUUCUACGGCGCCGUGAUUGUUCCCUUUGUUUUGGAAGAUUUGAGGCAGUUUAUGCUCGGAUACCUCAAGGGAGGGCUCCAGUAUCUUGAAGACUAGUUUCCAUUUUCCGUUGGCUUCGGCUUUGUCUUUACAUUCGCAACCUGUGCUCAACCUAAUUUCCGGCCUUAUACACUCGUCGACCGUAUACUACGAAUUGUGGCUAUCGCUCUCGGCUAUUUGCCUCUCCUUCCUCUUUCUUGCUCUUGGUUUACUGGUUGAAUGGGAUGUAUUAAUCUCGUGCGUGACAUGGAGUGGUAGAAGU